AUGUCUCAGCCAGCGAAGAAUAUACUUGUUAAAUUGAUCGUUAGUGCGGGUCAGGCUGCGCCGUCUCCUCCAGUUGGUCCAGCUCUAGGUUCCAAAGGUGUAAAAGCGAUGGACUUUUGUAAAGAGUUUAACGCACGAACUGCAUCAUAUAAGCCAGGCAUACCAAUUCCUGUGCUUAUAACAAUUAAACCAGAUAGAUCUUUUUCAUUUGAGAUGAAAUCUCCACCAACAGGCUACUUACUGUUAAAGGCGUUGGGGAUAGAGAAAGGUAGUGGUCAACCAAACUUGCUGAAACCUGCUAACAUAGCUGGAGAGCUGUCACUUAAACAUAUCUACGAAAUUGCCAAAAUCAAAAAAGCAGAUAGCAGACAUGCAUCUCUAAAUAUGGAGGGGAUUGUUAAGUCAGUUAUUGGUGUUGCAAAAAGCAUGGGGAUAAAUGUGGUUGCAUAG